CUAGUGCUGUAAACUUUGAGCGUUGUAUCAAAGUUUGUAAUGUAGAGUGGUUACUUCUAACCACUGACAUUAUCUCUCUACACUACAGGUUGUCUCUUCGGAGCUGCAGGAUGAGACUUUCACCUCGAAAGGUGUUUCUUACAUUAUUUGCACUUCUGCUGCUCCUCGCCGGGGCAUCGCUGACCUCAAGGCUUCCUCAGGCUCUGGAGACAGACUACGGCGGAGUUAUGGGUUCCCUCCGUCGAAGGGCCGAAUUCUCUGUCCAACCAAAGGACUCUUUCACCAUAGUCAUGCAAACAUAUAACCGAACAGAUAUUCUCUUAAAGCUUCUCAAUCAUUACCAGGCAGUACCUCAUCUCAAACAGAUUGUAAUUGUGUGGAACAAUAUUGGAGAGCGGCCGCCGCAGCAGAUGUGGGACUCUCUUGGUCCCCAUCCUGUCCCCGUGUUCUUCAAGGAGCAAACCCUCAAUCUCAUGAGGAAUCGGUUGCUACCGUUUUCAGAAAUAGAUACUGAAGCUGUGCUCAUGCUGGAUGAUGACACGCUCAUUAGUGUUCCUGACAUAAACUUUGCCUUCUCUGUCUGGAAGCAAUUCCCUGACCAGAUUGUAGGCUUUGUUCCACGCAAGCAUGUGGCCACAGCCUCCGGUGUUUACAGCUAUGGCAGCUUUGAGCUGCAGGACACUGAGGCAGGUGGAGGAGACAGGUACUCCAUGGUUCUGGUCGGCGCUGCCUUCUUCCACCGCCGCUACCUGCAGGUCUUCCAGGACCAGCCCAGCCAGGUGCACGCCCUGCUGGACCAGACACAGAACUGCGACGACAUUGCCAUGAACUUCGCUGUGGCCCUCUGGCUGGCAAAGCAGGACGGCGCGAAGGCCCGACCCUCGGGGGUCCUGGUGAAGCCUGUGGACAUGCGUAACCUGGAGCGUGAUGCCAAGAGCGGGUACGUCGGAAUGUGGCACAGGGCGGAGCACAUGCUGCAGCGGUCCUACUGCCUGAACCGGUUGGCACAGAUAUACGGGGACAUGCCCCUACGCUACUCCAACCUCAUGCUAACCCAGUUCGGCUUCCCCAGUUAUGCCAAUCACAAGAGCAAGAUAUAAGGGACUUUAAAAACGAGGAAAAGGAGAGUGCUGCGUUGGGUCAAUUGUUUGUAAAAGAAUCAGGUGCUCUUCAGAAAGGACAAGAUAACUUCAGCAAUUUGGCUUGUGCCUAUCUCCAAAGUGUGA